CACAGUAAUCAAAGUGGUUUGAUAGUUGCGUAGCAAGUGGCUUCAAUCGAACCGGGAAUGAUAUCAUAUCAGUUUUUACGACGUAUAUGCUUGUCCCUGUCGUUAAGUUCUGUGAAUCACUGCAGGUUACUGAACCCAACGUGUCGCUCACUGACAACUUCAUCUGCGAAGUACAAUGACAGCUCGUCUAAGGACGAUGCGGUUGUGUCGUAUGAGCAGCUGAAAGCCAUGCUGUCCACUCACAGUGUCCAACUGUUCGACGUGCGUAAGCCAGAUGAGUACCAGGCUGGACGAAUCCCUGACGCUGUCAAUAUUCCAUUGGGACAUUUAGAGGAGUCUCUGAAGCUCUCUCCCCAGCAGUUUGAACUGCUGUUUGAGGUGAAGGCACCCAGGAAGGAUGACGACAACAUAGUCUUUCACUGUCUGGGCGGCAUCAGGAGUUCAAAAGCCCUGCAGAUUGCUCGAGACCUGGGCUUUAGCAGGGCACGGCACUUUCCCGGGGGAUAUAGUGAAUGGGCCAAGCAUGAGAAAAAACAAUGAACGUUUGUCAUUAAUUCUCUUGGGGUUCUGUUACUGAAGGAUUAACUUGAUUCCUUAUUUAGCUUUACUCCUGCAACCUGAGGCUUAAUAUAAAGGCCAGUGGUAAGGUUACUGACUCUCUGGAGAACAGGGUUAUAUUUUACCAUGUUUUACGAAAGUCCUGUGCAAAUAGCUCACUUUAUGGUGAACAUUUGCUGACGGAUGUGGAAAGGUCACAAAUGUUCUAUUAACUGUUAUAUGGGAAUAUUUAACGGUUUGGUAGAACUGCGCAGUCCGCACCGCAAAGUCCCAUCAAAAUACUUGUAUUUAUUUCCUCUGUAACCUCAUCAGGAAAACCAAAUCUAUUCAGUGCAUAACCUGCUAUUAAAAU